UUAUUUAAAGAAGAUAAGUAUAUGCAUCGCUUGUUAUUGGGCUACUAUAACAGGAAAAAUGGCUCUCUAGAUAAAUUAAAAAUAGAAGGCUUUUCUCUAACAGAUAAGGAUUCUGGGGUUUUUUCCUUCAGUGAAUUGCUACGCAAUAUAAAGAAUCUCUGUCUUGAAAAUACAGUGGUUUCUAUCGAUGCACUAAGAGCUAUUUCUGAGAUGAAGAAUCUCCAAGUUUUAGAGCUUGGAAAACAAACUAAAAUACUAGAAGACAGUACGCCUGAACUAAAUUUGUCAAAUAUUCAGAAAAUAGACAUGCAUGAUAUAGACAGCACGAGUGCACAGAAAAUUCUUCAAUCAUUGGGCCCAAGAGAUAAAUAUUUAGAGCUUUAUAUAAGAAGCAUUAAUUUUAUUCCAAGCUCUGUUAUUAAUAACAUAAAGUGUCUAGACAAGAUUAAAAUAUUUGACCUUAGUAAUACUGCCUUUGAAAAGGAGCCGGAUUUCGGAUUCUUAGAAAAAAUGAAGAGCCUACAUACUCUUAAACUAUACAAAAUCAGGUACUCAUCUACAGAAGAACUAAAUGAAGAAAACAUAAACGAAAUACAAGAAAAAGUAGACCUUUUAAAUCCUACUUUGCAACAACUAGAUGAGAAAAAUGAUUUGCCAAAUAAUGGAGUAUCACUCUUGGUAGAAAACAACAUGAAAAUAGGAGCACAACUAACUGCAUUGGAUAUUCAUAUUGAUGGAAAGUUAUACAAUGACUUAGGAAUAAGCAAACUAAAUGUUAAAGAGGAGGCUACUAUAAAUGUCAUGUUUUGUAGUAUUUUACAAGAAGAUACUUCUUCAGCAUAUAGUAUAAAUUUCAGCAUUGAUAAGAAGACUAAAAUAGUGGAGAUAAAACCAUGUUUAGACGUAGAACCUUGCGAGGCAAUUACUAAUGCACUUCAGGGCAUAUCUUAUCCAUUCACAGAGUGUUCAGAUGUAGAAACUAUAUAUAUGCAUAUGGAAGGGGGACAAGGCGCCCAAUUUAAUUUUGCAUAUAUGUUUUUAAGUAAAAUAUUUGAGUACUCUGGGGAUACAAACACUGUGAAGAAUAUAUGUAUUGAAUCAAAUAAGUUAUACGAAAUGAGUACAGAUUCUUUUGAAAUGUUUAGUGAGAAGUUUAAAGAAGUUUUGAGAUUAGAAUUAAAGAACAUAUCUCUAACUGUAUCAGAGAAGUUCAAAGAAAAUACUGAAACUGGCUUAGAUAAACAAACAGGCACAUCUUAUGAAAAAGUCAAUGAUUCUACCAAAGACUAUUUAUUUGAAAGAAAAUCUAAGACUGACAAGUUUGAAAUGGUAAACCCGAAAUAG